AUGGGUUCGAUAGACGAGUUGAAGGCCCAUUACCCAAACGAUAACUCGAACGGCACACACACCGAAGAUCUCGAUGCUCUUAUCGUAGGUGCUGGUUUCGGAGGCGUCUACCAGCUGAAGGUCCUCCGAGAUGCAGGAUACAGGGUGAAGCUCGUCGAACAUGGUUCAGACUACGGAGGUGUUUGGUAUUGGAACAGGUACCCCGGAGCGCGUGUCGACAGCGAAAUACCGCACUAUGAAUUCUCUGAUCCAGCCUUAUGGGAGGAUUGGACUUGGAAGCAGCGCUUUCCUGGCAGUGAAGAACUGCGUGCUUAUUUUGCGUAUGUGGCCAAGAAGUGGGAUUUGAGAAAAGAUACGCAGUUCAACACCUUCGUCUCAUCAGCGACUUGGAAUGACGGACAAGGCCGAUGGACGGUGAAUACCGAGGCUGGUGAGAUUUACAAGGCGAAGUACCUGUUACUGAACACUGGCUUCGCAGCGAAGAGGUACAUCCCGGAUUGGAAAGGCGUAGAUUCAUUCGAAGGAACGUUUCUCCACCCUUCAUACUGGCCGCAUGAAGAGCUCGAGCUUGCUGGUAAAAGGAUCGCGAUCAUCGGGACAGGCUCUACUGGCAUCCAAUUGGCGCAAGAACUCAGCAAAGUAGCCAGCCACCUGACAGUCUUUCAACGCACCCCAAACAUGUCCUUGCCCAUGGGACAGGCCGAAUUCAACGCACCCAAGCAAGCUAUCCCCAAGCCCAAAUACCCCGAUCUAUAUGCCAAGCGUACCGACAGCUUCUCUGGCUUCAACUUCAACUUCCUGCCCCGUGCCACCUUCGAUGAUACUCCCGAGCAACGCCAGUCGACAUACGAAGAACUCUGGAGCAAAGGCGACUUCCAUUUCUGGCUCGCGACUUACCACGACAUGCUUUUUCGCAAGGAUGCGAAUCACGAAGCAUACAAAUUCUGGCGCGACAAGACGCGAGCGAAGAUCAACCAUCCCAAGAUCGCUGAUAUCCUUGCGCCAAUGGAACAGCCGCAUGCCUUUGGCUGCAAGCGCAUUUCGCUGGAGAACAAGUACUUCGAGAUCUACAACCAGCCCAAUGUUACGCUCGUUGAUAUUAGCAAUAAAGGUACGCCCAUCCAGGAGAUCACUGAGAAGGGCAUCAAGACCGCGGGCCUGGAGUACGAGUUCGACUUCAUCGUCAGUGCGACAGGGUACGACGCGAUCACCGGCGGACUCACGCAGAUCGACAUCAAGGGCACAUCUGGCGAGAGUUUGAGCGACCACUGGAAAGACGGAGCGAAGACCUAUCUUGGUCUUGCCGUCUCGAACUUUCCGAACAUGUUUUUUACUUAUGGGCCGCAAGCCCCGACAGCUCUGUGCAACGGCCCGACAUGUGCGGAGCUACAGGGCAAUUGGAUCUUGCAGGCGAUGAAGCACUUGGAUGACAAAGGACUCAAGAAGAUCGAGGUGGAGAAGGACAGCGAAGACGAGUACAAGAAGUGGUACAUGGGUACAAAUAUCCCGAACAAACCCAGGGAGCCGCUGAUUUGGUUGGGUGGCGUACCGGAGUAUUAUAAGAUGAUCAACAAUUCGGCGGCUGAUGGCUACAAUGGGUUCAAGUUGUCGUAA